AGCGCAGCAAAAGGAAAGCAAACGCAUUUUUCUGUGCUUGCGAAAUGAAUGGCUUGUGCGAGAUAAAGUGAAGUUUUUCAGUGAAAACGCAAACAAAGUGCGAGGGUGUGCGGACUACCACCGGGAAAUAGAGUUCAAUCGCCACCGGAUGGCGUAAAUCUGUGGUGACGGCGGUGGCUAGCGCAGCGUAUCCUCGAAUCAAAGAAAGGUGUGAUAAAAAAUACCCAUUCAUCAGUCGUUUCUUGCGCGCUAAAACAAAGCGAAACACACAACCACGGAUGAACUUGUUCAAAACUGCUGCCCACUGUCCAUAUAAACGUUAGCCAUGUCCGGCCAUAAUCCACCGCAUGGGCGACUUGGACAACCAAAUACAUCGUGGAAUCCGUUGCAGGUACCCUCAUAUGUUCCCCGCCAGCCACAGCUUGCGCACAUGUCGAGUGAACGACCGAUGGCCCGAUCCCCUUUAACAUGGCACACUCCUCCAACUCAUCAGGACAAGAUGUACCGGUGUACAACUGGAAAUCUUAUGAAUAACCUGGAAAUGAAUCCUUUGUUGCAAGGAUAUGGGCGGAACGUGGGUAUGCCCCUAGGGUCCGUGGAUCUGUCAUUGUCAUCCGCCUCACGAAGUACACCCUCACCGAAGGCGACGCACACCAACGUACAGUCACAAUCUUCCUUGGCGCCACAAUCGUCGCAGUCCACGUGUUCGUCCUCGGCGUCCACACUGCCAUCAAACAUUCCUAGUCCCAGCAUCUACAAUAUGGCUGGAGAUAGUGGGCUACACAACACUAAUCAUCAAACGCGUACGUCAGCUGCAUCGAAUGCUUCGGCCGGUGUCAUACAAUCGACUACCACCACCGUGGCAGCCCUGAAGGAACGCAUGCAAGGUGCUAGCGGCUACCUGGGUCCUGCCGUAGGCAAUACGAUGAACUGUUUCGGUGGCAACACAAAUACAAUCGGCGAUGGUGGUGGUAACGGGGGCAAUGGUUUCGGGGCAGAUUUAACCCAUCGUGCGGCCAAUGAUCCCACCACGCUUGUCACUGGCGGACUGCUGAUAAAGGACGCCAAGCAGAUAAACAGCGAGAUGGACAGUAAAAAUGGUCGUGAUUGUUUCCCCCAUCUCCCUGCGGCCGACUCUGCGGAAUUGGUAAAAGAGUUCAUAAUGCAAACGAUGCAAAACAGUAACACACUGUCGGUUUCCCCCAAACGAUCGUCUCCUGGAAGGUCCUCGUUGCAUCGCAUUCCGAGUCCAAGCCGCAGUCGAAGUCCACCACUAAACCUUCUGCUCGCCGGAUCGGUGGCAAUGGAUGGUAAGCUGGGUGUGGAUUGUUUAGGCAGCACAAAUUUGCCACUGCCGAGCGCCACACACACGUCCGCAUUGGCUUCUGCGACCGAGUCGACCGAUUCGGGUAACAGUAGCGGGGCAGCACUCAGCAUCGGUUCGCUGCUCCCAGGAUGCUCCCAGGGCCCGAACGCUGGUGUCUCUUCUACCAUGCCAUCCAACAACAAUCCUGCCGCUUCACCAACUAACCAUAGCAUCACAUCGAGCGAGGAUUCAGUCGAUUCGUUGAAUGGCAGGAGUAACGCUCGUCGAAGACGGAAACCGGAACGAACCAGUAAAAUGAAUGCGGCACCGGCAGUGGACGGAAGUAAUACUUUUUUUCCAAUUGGGAAAAAUGUCGACGGCCCGGCGAUUGGAGAGCUGGAAGCACUCCGGCCGGGUAGUGUGGUGCGUGGUGAUAUUUCAGCCCUUGCAAUCGAAGGUAUUAAUGCCCUGACGCAUGGUUUAGCGGGCAACGACGGCCAUGGUCCAGGUUCGAACAGUGUCCGGAUAAACAGUGCACACCAUAGUGGUGGCCGUGGACCACAAGAAAACCACACAGGGCCACGCGACCCACCCACGGUUCAGCAGCACUCACAGCAGGAGAACCUCCUCAUCCAAAGCAAUAUAAACAGUAGCACUGCAAAGGCUGGUCCAAGCAUACACUCUUCCUCUCUUGUUAGGGAAUUGAUGAGCGGAAAUGGGGGCGUCAGCACUGGCCUUCCAAACGAUGGGAAAGCUGUCUUCAAUAGUGCACCCAACAGUACAGACUCAGCCAUAGGAACUGCCGGCGAUAGAGUACAGAAAGAAGGUCCUACUAAAUCGGACCCAAUCGAUUAUGACGCGCUGGAUAAAAUUGCUGCUAUGGUCUCGUCCGAAACCGUCGUGGGCAAGCGUAUAUCGAACAAAAGCGAAGAAUCUCUCAUCGGUAAUGGGACCGCGGUCGAUGCGGUCGCUCCGGAGAGAAACUGUAAUGGCCCUAGGGAACGAAAUUCUGCAAAUGGGGGGAAAACGGGAUAUCAACAAGGCAACAAAACGAAUGCUUCCGAUAGCAGCUAUGAAGAGGUGGAAAAUAAACUGGAAGAAAUGUUUGCGGGAAUUGAGGAACUGCCGGACAAUUCUGAUGCGUCAGGAGUAACCGUGAGCAACAGAAACAAUGGUUGUCAAAAUCACGAAACAGUAAGCCCGCUAAAUGCGGGAAAUCGGCCACUUUCGUCAAGUGGCAUAACCGAUGGAGAUGUUUUAAAGCAGCUUUCCUGCAACGACUCCAUUGUCCUCGAUGGGACGAUGAAGGAAGGAGGUGUAACUGACGCUGUCAACAGUGGCGCGAAGGGUGGCAAAAAACCACUAACGCCAGCCCAGAAGCGUGGCAAUGGGACAAAAUCAGUGGCCGGCGAAAUGGUAACUAGCACUCCGGCAGUGAAACGGAAGCGGGCGCCGAAAAAGAAAUCCUGUGCACAUGGGAAUUCCGGCCCUUUUGCCGGUCCGGAAGCGCCAACGAUGCCGGGAUUGAAAGCGUUAGCUGCGAAAAAGAAAAAGGGAAAAAAGGGAAAAUCUACCUCGCCCGGAAGUGACGGAGGGGGCCGAUCUGGCAAGAAAGGCAACGUAGGCAAAAAAGCCAAAGGCGGCGUCAAUAAGAACAACGAACAAGCUUCUUCCUCCAUGGUUUGGUCAGCAAAUGCGACCAGUAUAGACACGAGCGGAAAGUACAAGGGGCCUUACGUGCAGGUCAAGUCGGACGGCAGCCAUACGGUGAUCAAUACCCCCAUCAACGACGAGGACGGGGAGAAGGCUCAAAACAAAACGAAAAAGUUUGGUAGCAGCCUAAACAACUCUGAGCGAAGCAAAAUUCGCGGACUGCACGUGAGCACCCUCAGCACAAAGUACGAUGCCGAUACGACGGACACGAGUUGGAUGUGCGUCUUCUGCAAGACCGGUCCGCAUAAGUUUCGGCUGGGCGAUUUGUUUGGUCCGUAUAUCAUCAGUACGACUUCGAGCGAAUUUGUACAGAGUCAGGUCGAUAUGGAUUUCUUUAGCAUUAAGCGAACGCGCGAAACACUUGAAUCACAGCAAGCGAAGGAAAAACGUGAGCAGCUACUGCAGGAACUGGGGGCGCCGAAAAGUAAAAAACGAAAAAAUGCAGCGGCAAGUAGUACUACCCUCGUCCAAUUGCCUGGUCCUAGUGGGUCUAAGAUUGCUGCACUGAAGCAAGAGAAGCAUGCAGACGACAACAGGCAGCAGGCGAUGACCGAUAUGUUCUAUGGCAUGGUUAAAGCCGGGGACAGUACCUACGAAGUGUGGACACAUGAGGAUUGUCUCGUGUGGGCCCCGGGCGUCUACAUGGUCGGAACGCGAAUCGUUGGCUUGGAGGCGGCUAUUUGGAACUGCUGUCGACACCAAUGCGAGUUGUGCACACAUUACGGGGCCGUCGUAAGCUGCCUACGGCAGGGCUGUUCCAGCAAGGCGCACUUCAUUUGUGCCCACAAGCAGAACUGGAAAAUGACGGACGACUUCCAAUCGUUCUGUGCAAGGCACGCCGAGCAAUCGGCCAGUGAAGUCGUCCCGCCGGCGAUGGUAAACGAUGCGGCGGGCCCAUCUGCGCCUGCUCAUGUGGAUAGGAGCGAGAUAAAACCAGAUAAAGAUACGGCUAAUUUAGCACCGCAAGUGUCAUGAAUCUUGUGUUUGGGAAAACGCCUGCAUGAGACGAGCAUGACUGAAUGAGUGAGAUUUGUCGAUGCGGCUAACACAAACCUGCAGUACAUUUUUUUUUCUCUGGUAUAACGACUGUCUUUAGCCAUGCCCGCUUAAGAGCUUAUAUCUCUUUUCCUUUUUUUCCUCUUUCGUGUGGAUACUGAGUACGCUAGGGGGGACCAGCCUUGGUUGGGAUUUGCACAAUGCCGAGGAUGCGUCCCAGCGCUUAAAGGUUAUCUUCAUUUGGGUCACGGACCACACAACCUAUAGCACAGCCUCGAAAAAAGCAAAGCCCAAAGCAUUCAUCGAACAAAACUGUCCUAAACUUACUUCCCCGAGUAAGUUUAAUAUCAAGUGUAUUCAAUUUCGUGUACAGCAAAAGGAAAACAUUUCCUUCGUCCAUAUGUCCAUUACGUAACUGGCAUCUUCGAUAAACAGUACCUUUUAAUAGAAAACUUAAUUGCAAUUGAAAGCACUCCAAAAUAUCACUACUAACUAAAAUACUUGGAUAUUUUGCAUUAAUUACUUACGUUCAUGUUUUGUUGCGCAUACCAAUUUUUAGAAAUACUCAUUCACUUGGCUGAUGCGGUUGGGUUUUUUUUUUAUUACAUUCCACAUUUUCGUAACCUUCACGAGAAAUACUCUGUCCAAAUAUGGUAGAUUCAGCCGUAUAUGAAAGAGUUUAGCUUACGCAUUAUUUUUGUGCGUUCUGUAUGAUAAUUUUAGCCAGCAUUAAUUUUAUUCAUACCAAACCCCCAUGCACGUUGUAAAAUUGGCAUAGACGAUGAGCACAUUUCUCCAGCAAUGAUGAAUCUCUAAAAAUCAAAGAUCCAGUCGGCAAGAUAUUCGCUGCUUGAAAGUUGCUUAGUGCUUCGGGUCGCCCUUCGACUACCACGUGAUCACAACGAGGUAAGACACUCAUGCACUGUAAUCGUUAACUCCAUUUCGCCCCCUUUUUAUUUUCUAGCGUUUUCGAAAGAAACAUAAACUGUACAUAGUUAAAAACCAAACUUUUCCUGCCCCCGUGUAAAUGAUAGUAGUAUUCGUUGUAUUGGCGAACGAUUUUAAGUACCAUUGGCUAAGAUUA